CCAGCUAGGCCAACAGAAACGGAACGGACUCACCUUCUCCCUCCCUCGCCUUGGACUCAUAGAGACCGACUUUCCUUCCUUCACAGCACAGCACACUCUCUCCCUGCAAAAGAGAACAAAAGCAGCCAUCGCCAUCAUUGUACUGCCAAAAAAAUAAACAAAAAAGCAGAAGAUUUCAGAGGCGGAGCGAGGGAGAAGGUGAGAUUGCAAGCAAAAGGGAAAAAGCUACUACGCCUCAGUCCACACUUGCUGCUGCUUCGCUAAUCGCCACUGUUCAUUGUUAUAUUUUACUAUUUUCGUGUUUUAGUGAUCGGAAAACGAAAAACUCUUUCCAGUUUUCACCAUUAUUCAACACAGAAAAUUCUCUCUCUCUGCGCUCACUGAUUUUCCGGAAUUUUCAUCUCUCUAGGGAAUUGAGGGCACAGAUGCAUGCUCUAGUUUGGCAACUAGAAACAGUUUGACAGUCUGCUUUGGUGGAAAGUUACUCCAAUACUAUAGAAGUUAUUGGAUCAAUUAUUUAUUUCCCUAAUCUUCAUUGGUUCUUUAUUGAUCCCCUGGAGUUGAGCACAAUCUCAUGUAUUGAUCUUGGUAUAUAUUUUGGGCGGGUAAUGCGUCCAAUGCAAACAAAAUGCUACCUCUGCUGGUGCCUUUUGUGUGGGAAUCUCUUCAUAAUUUCACUUUCUGUCGGUGUAUGGCAGCAUAAGGGUGAACCUGCAGGGCUAGAAAGAGGAUUAUCUGACCAUUCUAUAUCAUUUGGGAGUCAUGAGUCCAGAAACUAUAUCACAAGCAACUUCCAAGAAUCAAGUAUUUCUACUGAAGUAAAAUUAUCAUCUUGUCAGGACCUUGAAGGUGUUGGGUCGUUUGAUACCACCUGCUAUCUGAGUUCGAACCUGAACAUAACUUCUGAUUUGUAUGUAUCAGGUUCUGGGAACUUGGAGAUACUUUCUCAAGUUUCAAUUGUUUGUCCAAUAGAAGGCUGUACCAUAAGUUUUAAUUUGUCUGGUGAUGUUAAAGUUGGUCAGGAUGUUGCCAUUAUAGCCGGUUCUGUGAUUCUUUCAGCACUGACUCUGACUAUGGAGUCCAAUUCUUCUAUAAAUACUACAGCAUUGGGUGGAGCACCACCUUCUCAGACUAGUGGGACACCAGUUGGCUAUGAAGGAGCUGGUGGAGGGCAUGGUGGCCGAGGUGCAUCCUGCCUGAAAACCAAUCAAACAAAUGCUUGGGGUGGUGAUGUUUAUGCUUGGUCAUCUUUGUCUAACCCAUGGUCUUAUGGAAGCAAGGGCAGUGGCACAUCUGAUGAACAUAAGUUUGGAGGAAGUGGUGGAGGACGUGUUUUGCUUGAUGUGAAAGACCUUCUGUAUACAAAUGGCUCUAUAACUGCGGAUGGUGGUGAUGGAGGAUCCGAUGGAGGUGGGGGGUCUGGUGGAAGCAUCAUUCUUCGUGCUCAAAAGUUGAAGGGAUGUGGCAUAAUAAGUGCGGCUGGUGGGAGGGGAUGGGGUGGUGGUGGUGGUGGAAGAAUCUCUCUGAAGUGCUACAGCAAGCAAGAAGAUGUAAAAGUCACUGUGCAUGGUGGUUGGAGUAUUGGUUGCCCUUGGAAUGCUGGGGCAUCUGGUACUUACUUUGAUGACUACAUGUUAAGUCUGCGGGUGGACAAUGAUAAUGUAACAACAGAAACCGAAACUCCAUUGCUGGAUUUUUCUACUACCCCUCUGUGGACGAAUGUUUAUGUGGAAAACAAUGCAAAAGUUUUGGUCCCUCUGCUUUGGACUAGAGUUCAGGUAAGAGGCCAAAUCAGUCUUCUAUGUGGGAGUAGCAUUGUCUUUGGAUUGUCUGAUUAUCCAGUAUCUGAAUUUGAGCUUGUUGCGGAAGAAUUACUGAUGAGUGAUUCCAUCAUAAAGGUUUAUGGUGCACUUAGAGUAGCUGUCAAGAUGUUACUCAUGUUGCAGUCGCAAAUCCAAGUUGACGGUGGAGAAAAAUCUGUUGUUACUACCUCAGUCCUUGAAGUCAGGAAUCUUGUUGUUCUAAAGGGAAGUUCUGUUAUAAGUUCAAAUGCAAAUUUGGCUGUAUAUGGUCAAGGUUUUCUGGAAUUGACUGGUAAUGGUGAUGCAAUCAAAAGCCAACGACUUUCGUUGUCACUAUUCUAUAAUAUAACUGUUGGCCCAGGUUCUCUACUUCAAGCCCCAUUGGAUGAUGAUAGAAGUAGGAGCAAGGUUACUGAAUCUCUCUGUGAUAAGUCAACCUGCCCUGUGGAUUUGAUAACUCCACCAGAUGAUUGCCAUGUUAAUUAUACGCUUUCAUUUUCCUUACAAAUUUGUCGUGUUGAGGAUGUCCUUGUAAAUGGAAUUGUCAAAGGUAGCGUUAUUCAUAUCCACAGAGCAAGAACUGUCAUUGUGGACACUGGUGGUGUGAUAACUGCCUCAGCACUAGGAUGCAGCAAUGGAAUUGGGAUGGGUAACUACUCAAAUGGAGCAGGUGCUGGUGCUGGACAUGGAGGAAAGGGUGGUUCUGGAUUCUAUGGUGGGAAUUUAAGUGAAGGUGGCCAGAGAUAUGGUAGUGCUGAUCUUCCUUGCGAAUUGGGUAGUGGAACUGCGGGUCCUGUGCAAUCCUAUGGACCAGUAGCUGGUGGUGGUAUAAUUGUGCUGGGUUCCAUUCAGUGGCCACUUAUAAGACUUGAUGUUUAUGGAUCUGUGAAAGCUAAUGGCCAAAGUUGUAAUAAACCAACAACAAACACAGAUGGUACUCUUAUUGGUGGACUUGGUGGAGGUUCUGGCGGUACUAUUCUGCUUUUUCUUCAAACACUUUCCCUCAUGGAUAAUUCAUCUUUAUCUGUUGCUGGAGGCUGCGGUGGCCCAAUGGGCGGAGGUGGUGGGGGUGGUGGCAGAGUUCAUUUUCACUGGUCAAAGAUUAAUGAGGGCAUUGAAUAUGUACCUCUUGCUAUUGUAGAUGGCACCAUCAACAGUAGUGGAGGUUUGGGGGAUGGUGAAGGUCUUCAUGGAGAGGAAGGUACACUGACCGGAAAGAAGUGUCCUAAAGGCCUGUAUGGCACAUUUUGUGUGGAAUGCCCAGUUGGAACAUAUAAAAGUGAUGAAGGUUCUGAUCCUUCACUGUGUAAUGCUUGUCCCCUUGAACUUCUUCCUAGUCGUGCUAACUUUAUUUAUGUGCGAGGUGGAGUUACCCAAUCAUCUUGCCCAUACAAAUGUAUAUCUGACAAGUACAGGAUGCCAAACUGCUAUACACCCUUGGAGGAAUUAAUAUAUACAUUUGGAGGGCCCUGGCCUUUCUCACUACUGCUAGCGUGCAUUGUUGUUAUCCUAUCUCUAUUACUAAAUGCAUUGAGGAUGAAGUUGAUAGGACCAGGUUGUUCUCAUCAGGCUUCAAGUUCAAUGGACCAUCAUGGUGAUCACCAUUUCCCACACCUCCUUUCAUUAUCAGAGGUCCGAGGUACUAAAACUGAAGAAACUCAAAGCCAUGUUUAUAGGAUGUACUUUAUGGGUCCUAAUACAUUUAGGGAACCCUGGCAUCUUCCUUACUCACCACCUGAUGCAAUUAUUGAGAUUGUGUACGAAGACGCCUUCAACAGGUUCAUAGAUGAGAUAAAUUCUGUUGCUGCUUAUGAUUGGUGGGAAGGGUCUGUGCACAGCAUACUUUGUGUGCUUGCAUACCCCUGUGCCUGGUCCUGGAAACAAUGGCGGCGCAGGAAAAAAAUUCAUCGCCUUCAGGAGUAUGUCAAAUCUGAAUAUGAUCAUUCCUGUUUACGCUCUUGCCGUUCACGUGCUUUAUAUAAAGGAAUGAAGGUUGGAGCUACACCUGAUUUGAUGGUUGCUUAUAUUGAUUUCUUUCUUGGUGGUGAUGAGAAGCGUUUAGACAUGGUAGCUAGUAUACAGAAAAGAUUCCCCAUGUGCAUAAUUUUUGGUGGGAAUGGAAGUUACAUGUCACCAUAUAAUCUUCACAGUGACACUUUAUUGACAAAUCUACUUGCCCAGCAUGUCCCAUCAACUGUUUGGAACCGCUUGGUAGCUGGUUUAAAUGCCCAGUUAAGGACAGUGAGGCACAGAUCCAUUCGCUCUGCUUUGGUCCCUGUAAUUAACUGGAUUAAAAGCCAUGCAAAUCCCCAGCUUGAUUUUCAUGGUGUGAAAAUUGAGCUUGGGUGGUUCCAAGCAACUACUGCUGGAUACUAUCAAAUGGGAAUUUUGGUAGUGGUUGGUGAUUAUUUCCUCCAUGAUCUCCAUCAACCUGAAAUGUCGGAUAGUAGUGAUGACUUCUCCAGGAAAUUUAACACAAUUGUCCGGAGAAGCCUUGUGCAACCACAACAAAACCAGACAUGUAGCAGUCCCACAGUGUCCCGUAAAAGGAUCAGUGGAGGAAUUAAUGGUGGUCUCCUGACUGAAGCUACAUUGAAGUCCUUGGAUGUUAGAAGGGACUAUCUUUUCCCAUUUUCUCUGCUGCUUCACAAUACUCGCCCAGUUGGUCGCCAGGACACUGUACAGUUGCUAAUAACUAUGGUGCUCUUGGUUGACCUCUUUGUCACCCUCCUUACAUUACUACUAUUCUAUUGGAUAUCUCUUGGAGCUUUUCUGGCUGUUCUGCUUAUCCUUCCUCUGUCUUUGCUUUCUCCCUUUCCUGCUGGCUUGAAUGCUUUGUUCAGCAAAGGUCCAAGGAGAGCAUCACUUGCUCGAGUUUAUGCAUUAUGGAAUGCUGCCUCACUGUCGAACGUUGCAGUGGCUUUUGUCUGUGGUCUAAUUCAUUAUGGAAUUUCUGCUUUGAAGCCCCCUGACCCAUCAGAUAAGUGGAGUUCUAAAAGGGAAGAUGACAAAUGGUGGCUUUUGCCUGUUAUUCUGCUGGUAUUUAAAUCAGUUCAAGCCCGGUUUGUGGACUGGCACAUAGCAAACCUAGAAGUCCAAGAUUUCUCACUCUUCAGUCCCAAUCCUGAUACUUUUUGGGCCUACGAAGCUGCUUCUUGACAUUGAUAGUGGGGACGAAGGUAUGAAAUUCAAAAAACAGCAUGAGUCUUCAUUGCCCUGUACAUAUGUUCAAAUUUGUACAAAGCCUUGAUAUACGUGUGCAGUUUUUGUUAGCAUGACUAGAAGAGAGGAGGAAACCAGUGAUUUUUUGUUCUUUGUUGGGUAGGGAGGCUGUAUAGGUUUUGACUUUUGAGGUAUAAUAAUGAUGUCUUUUUUAAUUUAAUUUAGUUAAAACAUACCAUUUUUACAGGGUGAGAAAUAUUCCUCUUUCUUUAGUCAUCCUAAUUUUUUUUGUUUAAUGACAUGCCAUGAAAGCAGUGAAAAUUGACAUUUUCUUUCCUUUAGGCAGUAGACCGUUGUUAUGGAGUCUGAGAUAUGCUCAUUAUUUGACUCUCUUUCACGUUUUCUUAUCUCUGUUGAGACAUGAAAGCAGUGAAAUUCGUCAGUUUCUGUCCUUUAGGCAGUAGACCGUUGUGGAAUCUGAGAUAUGUUUAUUCA